AUGGCAACCUCACCGGCUGGGCGCAUGCUGUCCCGCCAGCUCCAACAAAUGCAGUCCGAUAAGGAUAUUCCCGGAAUCAGUUGCGGCCUGGUUGAUAACAAUGUCUUCGAAUGGGAGGUAAUGCUCAUGAUUUCAGACGAUGUCAAGCUAUACGGGGGUGGUAACUUCCGAGCUCGUCUCUCUUUUCCCUCCGAAUACCCUCAUCGCCCUCCCAAGAUGAAGUUCGAAUCUCCGCUCUUCCACCCCAAUAUUUAUGAAAACGGUGAUGUCUGCAUCUCCAUUCUGCAUCCACCUGAGGAGGACAAGUAUGGCUAUGAAUCUGCCUCCGAACGCUGGUCUCCUGUGCAAACCCCCGAGACCAUUCUCCUCUCCGUCAUCUCCAUGCUCUCCAGCCCAAACGAUGAAAGCCCCGCAAACGUCGAAGCGGCACGCUUAUGGCGCGAGGACCCUGCCGAGUUCAAGAAGCGCGUACGGAAGUGUGUCCGUGCUAGCUUGGAAGAGUAA